CUCCUGCUUGUUAUGUGAAGCUGAUUUUGUCCUAGAAAUUAACUGUGAAGAGAGUUAGUGCUGUUCAGCAGAGCAAUGGCCCCCGACAGCCCUCUCCUGUUGGCUGCAGUGAUCCUUGUGUCGGCUCUACAUAUGGGAUACCUGGCCCGACGGGUCGGCUGGUCCAGGAUGGCUCACAAGAUCCUGCCUCCUGCUGUCACUGGACCUCCAGAGUUUGAGAGGACUUUCCGUGCACAUCAGAACUGUGUGGAGUUCUACCCCAUGUUCCUGGUUCUGCUGUGGACCUGUUCGACCUUCUUCAGUGAGCUGGCUGCCGUUGUUGGAGGACUGGUGUACAUGGUCGCCCGACAAAUGUAUUUCAACGGAUAUGUAAAGUCCACCAAGAAAAGGUUACCUGGUUUUUACCUGACUCUGGCUGUGAUGCUCACGCUGGCUCUGUUGGCUUUGACUGGAAUACUGCGAGGAAUACUACACAAGUACUUCCACAUCCACCUUUGAAGAAUUCAUCUGUCAACAAAUUAUGCAGAACAGCAAAUCAAUAAAUGAAAUGAGAGUCGAAUGUUUGCACUGA